AUGUGGCUCGUAUCAUUCUGGUUAUUCCCGCUAGUCUCAGCAUGCAUGUGGGUUGCGAUGCUGAUUGCUAUGCUUGUCACCUGGGUCGUGGUGGGCAGGCCACACUAUGCUAGCAUGGAAACUGGACAGAACAUUGCGUACAUCUCGGAUGUCGGAGCGCAGGGCCUGAAGCCACUCUUCAUUGCAGGAAGUGUGGUCACAGUUGUGUUCUUCGAUUUGGGAAUCAUUUCGGAGCGAUGGCUUCGACACGCCGGCCAACUGGUCCCGAACAAGGGUAAAUUCGACAAGGGUUGCGCUGGUGCCUCGAUCUUCUUCGCUGUUGCCGGUGCCGCCGGUCUCAUCCUGCUUUCAUGUUUCGACACACUGCGCCACCCAAAGCUCCACGAUGGGUUCCUCGCCUUGUUCAUCGUUGGAUACGUGAUCAGUGCGAUCCUCAUCUGUAUCGAGUACCUCCGCAUCGGAAUCUUCUACCGCCACGAGCACCGCAUCCUGCUAGUCAGCUUCUUCAUCAAGGUCGCCUUUAUCAUCAUCGAGGUUGGACUUGCCAUUGGCUUCGGUGUUUGCAUGGGCAGCAAUGACAUAGCCAAGAAAGACCCCGGUGCGGUUUUAGAAUGGGUGAUUGCCUUUGUCUUCACCGGUUACGUUCUCUCCUUCUUGAUCGAUCUCCUGCCUUCUGUUCGAACCCGCCACCACUUGCCCCAGGGCCACAAGCACGUGGAGAUGGCCCAGGCAGGAUACAAUGGAAACUCUGAGGGCGUUUCCAUUGAAGAGCCCCUGACCCACGACUCCAUGGGCCCGAACUCAGGCUUCUAUCGUGGCCAGCGUGUUUGA